AUGAUUGCAUCGUCAGACCUACAGAUGAAUGCUGGUAAUAGCAUCGAUGCUGACUACGAAGAACUUAUGGGGAAAAUAACGCAGGCCGUGAAGGUACCGAGCACAGCCAAAGAACCAGCAAGGCGACGGCGUAUACCGCCAGCAGCAGUGCAAAUGAUGACGAAGAGAGCGCGCAUGAAACCCGAAGGACGAGUGCAAACCGCGGAUUAUAAGGAACUCUGUGAAGCGAUCAGGAAGAAGAUUGAAUGCAACUAUGAAGGCUACAGGCGAAAGCUUCGCGGAACAGAGAGAAGUCUGGAAGCUGUAGGAAGGGAUAGUUGCCUCAGGCAUCACAUAGAAUCUGCGCUCAAGAAUAAUACAGGUGUUAAGACGGCUUACCGCCGGAUGAAAGAAAUACGUACUAAGUUCUUUAAGAAAUACGUACUAAGUUCUUUAAAAGCUUGUCUCCUCAAAGGUGGUAGUCGCGAGAGCCGAUCAAACUACUGCAGAUGA